AGCCACUGAUCUCUGCGGGUGACUUCCUCAAGUGCUGCUGUGGCAGGAAUAGGUGAGACUCACAUUCACCAGGCAUCAUGACAGAAGCUGCCUGGCAUCUUCACUCUGUGUAUUUCCCCUUCCAUCACGGUCUCUGCUCCUUUGUCAGGCCUGCUGACGAUUGGUUGGCAGGAAGGCAGUAAUUUGAGCUGCUUUUCCUCAUUUGCUGCUGGAGCCGCCUGCUUCGCUGCUGGGUCAGUCCUGAGGUGCCUCAGCACGAACCACCUGUAUCUGAGGCUUGUUAUCUUAAUUGCUACCCUCCUGUUUCUUCCUUGUCCGAGACAGCCUUCUUAUUCUUUCCUGUCAGUGCUGAGCAGCCUGCCACAUGGCAGGGCGCCUGUACGGUGCCUUCUGUCGUAGGAGCAGCGCACCAGCAAGGAUGGGGCUACCUGAGGCUUGGUCUGUUUUUUCAUAAGAUCCCUUCCAGUGUUCUCAUAGUGCAGCUAUAUGGGGCCAGAUUCAUCUUGGGUGUCACUUCACUGAAGGCAAUCGAGUUACACCACGGUGCUAACAAGGAAUGGAGCCAUUGUGCUAGGUGCUGUACAAACAUAGAAUACAAAACAGUCUUGAAGACAAGCCAAGACAGGCAAACAACAAAAAAGGAACUUCCCAGCAGCACAAUAUUUGGACACAUGUGUAGCAAAGGAACACGCUGACCUGCCAGCUUCCCGCUCACUCAGUCCGGAGUGUAUCCCCACUGACCUACAGCACAGCAAAACAGCAUGGUCAGGAGCAGCUAAACCGCGGCUGAAGAACAGCCACUCUGCACAGGAGGCAUGAAUGAGUAUACAAGGUGCAAAGCAGUGAAGAAUCAGGCCUAGAGAGUCCAGAUCAAGAACUCUCUUCAUUGAAGGUUUUGUAUGAAAGAGGCGGGCUGAACUUGUGGGCCGACCGCACUCCUGGCAUUCAACCAAAUUCAUAGAGAACCAACCCGAUCCCAGCAUGAUGCAAAUAUCUCAGGGCACGAUUGGCACUCCUUGGCAUCAGUCCUACCAUUCCAGUUCAUCCACGAGUGAUCUCUCUGGCUAUGACCAUGGCUAUCUGAGGAGAAGCCCUGACCAGUACAGCUCGUGGGGUAGCAUGGAAACCUUGGACCAUACUCCUUCUGGAUAUCACCCUGGCCACCUUUCGCCAGCCAAGUCCACCAACAGCAUCGACCAGCUUGCCCAACUCCACAGCAAGAGGGACUCCGCCUACAGCUCCUUCUCCACCAACUCCAGCAUCCCCGAGUGCCCGGCGCCUUCCUUCUGCAAGGAGCGCUCCUUCUCCAUGGACAACGUGCACUCCCGAGGCAGCCCGCAGGAGGGGAUGAGGCAGGCUGACAUCAGGUACGUCAAGACGGUCUACGACGUCCAGCGAGGGGUCUCUGAGGAGUACGAAGUGAACUCCUCCGCGCUGCGUCCAAGCGGCGAGGGGCGGACGCAGACAGAAGGCCGUGGCUACAGCAGGCUGCAUGGUCACAGCCGGUACAGUGGAGUCCCCUUCUGGGGCCAGCAAAGGAGGAGCUCCUCCGACAGUGAGGGUCAGCACCCGAAGGGGCCCCCCAUGCCACCAACUCGCAGUGACAGCUAUGCAGCAAUAAGGCACCACGAGCGGCCCAGCUCCUGGUCCAGCCUCGAUCAAAACAAGCCAUGUCGAGCGCCGCCAAAAGGGGCCUGGCCUCUGUCAUCUGGCCCUGUCUCCCUGGGGCAGGGACAGCUGCUGAAACCCGUGUUUGUGGAAGGGCAGCUGCACACGGUGGUGGAGAAAAGCCCUGAGAGCAGCCCCAGAGUGAAACCUAAGCAGAGCUAUUCCCAGGCAGCACAGCCAGGACAGCCUUUGCUUCCUACCGGCGUCUACCCUGUACCUUCCCCCGAGCCGCACUUUGCCCAGGUGCCCCAGCCUUCGGCAAACAACAAUGGGAUGCUUUAUCCAGCUCUGGCCAAAGAGAGUGGAUACGCUCCACCUCUUCCAGCCUCGUAUGAGAAGGCCCCAGUCUGCAGCCAUUCUGGCGUCGAUGAGAAUGGAAACCAAAGCUUCACAAACAGCUCAGCCGUCUUUUAUCGGCCAGACUACGGGCCACCGGCUGCGGAGAAAAAGCAGGAAGCAAAAUUGGCUCAGUAUAAAUCUCACAGUACAUCGGGCCCUGACGUCCAUUCGACCCCUUCCCAAAAGGACAAGUCAGGCUCCCGUUAUGUGACGUCUCAUGGCAUCCGAGAGAGCACAAGCAACACCCCGCACUCCAACCACAAUUCCCAGCUACUGCAGGCCCGCUCGAGGGAUGCCAGUGAAAACAAAGCUCUUUAUCAGCCCAAGGAGUACUGGGCGGCUGAGCUGCAGGAGGACAAAAAUGCUAAUCUACAGAAAAAUGAGAGAGACCCCACCAGCCAGAAUCAGUGGUGUUACAGUAAGGCCAAGCAGCUUGGCUUUUCAUCCUUGCAGAACAGCCUGGAGAGCACCAGGAGGCAAAAUAGUUUGGAGCUAAAGGAGAGGCAACAAUGCGAGGGCUGUUCCGACGCCAAACUGUCUUUCACAAAUCACAAUAAUAAAGCAGAGAAGGAUCAACGAGGGCAAGGGUGUGGCCAAUGGAACGAUUUGGACAGACAGGCCUUCACACGGCACGAGGAUGACGUCGCCAGCACGACCCCCUUCCACAAUGCAGAGCCAAAGUACGAGGAACCCUCUUCUCUGCUGCACCCAAAGGCCUCUGAUUUCAGCAGGAGCCGGCUAAGCUCCAGCAGCACCCAAAGCAUCCAGCCUGGGACACUGGAAUCCAGCAAGCCCCACUGUUCUGUGCUGGAGAAGGUCAGCAAGAUCGAGCAACGUGAGCAAGGCAGUCAAAGGCCCCAGGGCAUGGGUGUGCCCAGCUUUGGACAUAACUAUGGGCCAAACAGGCCAAGCCAAUCAUCUGGCGUUAGGUGCUCUCUUAACAGCACGGAGGACAAACGAAACAAGUCAAACUCCCAAGAGCAUGGCCAGCCCUCCAGCGAACAGUGCAGGCCACCCAGCAUGACUGGCUCUGAGAUGCCGCCGGGUGUGCAGCCGGUGAGCAGGAACGGGAGCGCGAAGCCUGUGGAGGUUGAUUGGCAUCCUGGGGAGCAGCAGAUGGUGGGGACAGCAAAUCAGGCACGGCAGAGCGAGUACUGCGGUCUGCCAAGGAGCAAAAGCACCUUCCAGCUGACGUGCGAGCCAGAGAAGGAAAUCCUGUGGCGGGAUAAUGUCCAAGACGCUCCUGGAACACAGCUGGAUGCCUCCUUCAGCAGAAACUACAGAAACAGCAUUAAAGAUGCUCAGUCCAAGGUCCUACGAGCCACAUCGUUCAGACGCAAAGAUCUCGACAUCAGCCCACCCUUUGGGAGCAAACCCAAGAGGAGCGUACAGAGGCCGGCCUCGGCCCACGUUGGGAUGAGGAGCACCACAGCAUCCCCUCACAUCCCCAGGGAGAGGCACAGCGUCACUCCCAUGCAGAACAAUGUCCCUCUCCUGGAUUACACUGAGAAGGAGAGCCAGGCUGGGCUAUCACAGCACAUGUCCCGCAUCGGGGGCAGGAAGCGGCUGACGGCCGAGCAGAAGAAGAGGUCCUACUCCGAGCCAGAGAAAAUAAACGAAGUGGGUGUCUCAGACCGCGAGCCCUCGCCCUUCUCCCCCCAGAAGAAAGGCCUCCAUUUCAUCUUCCCAGAGAACACGGUGGCUGACCGACGCAAGAUCUUUGAGCAAGAGAACAAAGCUCGCUCCACCAUCAAUCUCUCCAAGCCAGAGCUGAAGCAGCUGCAGCAGAACGCACUUGCGGACUACAUUGAACGCAAAACUGGGAAGCGGCCUUCUCACGAUGCUGGGGUCCUGAGAGAGCGCUCGCAAAGCUCCUACCUGCAAGUCAGCGGCCUGGACAGCCAGAGCCUCUCCUCUGCCUCCAGCAUGAAUUCUCUCCAGGAUCAGAAGCUUUACCACCGGAGAGAGUCACUAGAGCAGGUGUCUAGAACACGCCGGGUCUCCUCUACCCUUCCCCCUGGGCUGACGGGCUGCUUCGAUCUCAAUGGGUUUGAACAAAAGAAAGGGUACCAGGAUGGCAGCAGCAGUUCCUUUGCAAGCCGCUUUAAAACGGACAGACGCCGAGAUUACACAGCCAAACCGGAGCUCCUGAAAAGCACUCAGGCAGGUCAGCGUGGCUCACGCAACCAACUCCCCUACAGGAUGGAGGAGCGGGUCUUUGAAAAGGCCUCAUUGCCCGGGAGAUCUGGGAAAUCGGUGUCUGCAGAAGACUUGCUCGAUAGAUCUGAUAACCAGUCAGUCACGGUGCAUGUGCGCUCCAGGUCGUCUCCCACAGCCGACAAGAAACACCAGGACUUGCUGAGAGGGGAAAGUAAUGAAUUUGGCCACUUGGUGAAAAAUCCUUCUUACGUGGUUGGCGCAGGAGACAGGUCCGACAGCAGUAAGAAAAGAAGCCACCCUGAAAAGCCAACAAUCCCAAAUUAUCGUCCCCAUCCUCCUGGCCAUGACCUCACAAGCUCAUCCGGUCUGACUGAGAGCCACCAGGCCUCAGAACCCCCGUGGCAUAUCAGCAGGACUCAAAGAUGUGUCUCAUCACCAACAGACUUGCAGAAUCAUUCUUCUGAACCUAAGCAGCGCGCCCGACCCCUGCUCCUUAACCGUAUUCCUUCUGGACUUGGGCAGUCCUCAUCUGGCACUGCUCAUUCCACCCAGACUCCCUCAGACCUGCAGGCUGCUGGGGACGGCCUGGCAAUGAGGCAACGUGCCAAACUAGACGCCGUCCCCCCUGAAGGCAAUGAUAACGGUCAGGCACGGCCUCUCUACCGCGACGACAGCUCCCCUGAGGACUCAGCCGAAGAAGCGAUGCAGAGAAAGGCCAUGCUGCCUCAGAGACACCUCCCACCAAAAGUGAAAUGGGCUCAUUCCGUCAAUGAUGACAGCUUCCCAAAGGGCUCAGUGUCUUCUCAGGUGUCUGGGCAGAAGCUCUUUCAAAGAUGGCAGAGCCUACCGACGCAAAGCAGCACUUCUUCUGAUUCAGAGACUCCUCCUCCCUCUGGGAAGAUCUCUCUGCGGAUCUCCGAGUCAGGCCUUCAGCUGACUCCCCCACCGGGUGUGCCGGAAGAAGGAGACGAUGAGGUGUUUACCAAGGACUUGCAGCCUGGUGCUGCAGGGACUGCAUUUAAACCCUUACCCCCUCCGCCGCCACCUCCUCCUCUUCCUGAGUGGAGCCCCCGCGCUUUCACAAGUGACGCAGAGGUAUUUCCACCUCCUCCCCCGGCUGCAUUUGAAGCAGGUGGGGCAACAGGAGACAAAUCCAUGCGGCGUAUAGAACAGGCCAAAGUAAGCAGCUUUGAAAGGUUUCCCAGGAGUCUGGCUGACAGGGAGCAGCCGGGGUUGAGUUCCAUCAGCAGGGAAAACAGCUGGGCCGCUUCACCGUCUGUUGGGAACCCUGAGUCACCGCACCAGUCGCCUGCUGCUCAAGGGGAGCGGCCAAACUCUGAGAAGCAGAAUGCAGCUCAACUCGGGGGCAACCUGAAAGAGCCAGACACCCAGGGGAAGGAUUCGGAAAAUGGUGGCCUCAGCCCCUGGACUCAGGGCACAGCUAGUCAAGUGAUAAAGAAGAAGACCCCGGAGGAUAUUAAGUCAGAGGCCCUAGCCAAGGAGAUCGUCCACAGGGAUAAGUCUCUAGCAGAUAUCCUGGAUCCAGACUCCAAAAUGAAGACAACCAUGGACUUAAUGGAAGGGAUCUUUCCCAAUGGAACCAACUUGCUGAAAGAGAACAACCUGAAAAGGAAGAUGAUGCAAAAGAAAGCCAGCAGGACGGUGCCUGAGGAUGACAGAAGAGAAGAAAAAGAAGCUGCUGUAACUUUGGUCACCUGCACUGCUUACUAUAACAUGUCAGCCCCCAAAGCAGAGCUGCUGAAUAAAAUCAAAGACUUGCCAGAAGACGUGGAGAAGGAAGAGGAGCAGCUGGACAUCAAUGAGAAGAAGGCUGAGCUCAUCGCGAGUUUGUCCCACAAACUGGAGAUCUUGAAGGAAGCUAAGGAGAGCCUGCUAGCAGACAUCAAGCUGAAUAAUGCCCUGGGAGAGGAGGUGGAGGUGUUGAUCAGCGAUUUAUGCAAGCCCAACGAGUUUGACAAAUACAAGAUGUUCAUAGGCGACCUGGAUAAAGUGGUGAACCUCUUGCUUUCCCUCUCAGGGCGUCUGGCCCGGGUAGAGAACGUUCUGAGUAGCCUAGGUGAAGAUGUGAAUCCUGAAGAGCGGAGCUCUCUGACUGAGAAAAGGAAGCUGCUGGCUGGCCAGCACGAGGAUGCCCGGGAGCUGAAGGAGAACCUGGACCGGCGAGAACGUGUGGUCUUGGAGAUCUUGGGCAAUUACCUCUCGGAGGAACAGUUCCAGGAGUACCAGCACUUUGUGAAGAUGAAGUCCGCGCUUCUCAUAGAGCAGCGGGAGCUGGACGACAAGAUUAAACUGGGUCAGGAACAGCUCAAGUGCCUGACGGAAAGCCUCCCUACAGACUUCAUCCCCAUGGACACAACAGCAGCAGCGGCCCCAGCCACAGCAGCCACAACCCCCGGUAGUUUACCUACAUCAUCGGCCUCUUCACUUUAACCUUUCCCAGACACGCCUCGGGUACGGCUCUUCUGCUUGAGUUUAUUUAAUCGGAGUACUUUUCUGAGAGCUCUCAACAAUUACAAUGGAGCGAUGGGUUUAAAAAGAGAAUUCAAGGAAGGAAAAAAACAGUAAUAAAGUCUUUGCAUUCCUCUCCCUAUGCCAUCGCCCUGAGAGCUCACUAUGAAAACUUAAUCUAACCUGGCUCACGCUAGAGGAAGGUGAACAAUUUCCCUGGCUACAAGGUAUGAGGAGGAGGCACUUAUUUUUGAAUGGGCCAGCUUAUCAUGAACAAACGUGUCAUCUUUGGUAACAUGGUGUGGUUGCCUCUGCUCCCCCCUGUCCCCAUACCUCAAUCAGAGUGAGGCACCAUUGUUUAAUAAUGAAGGAUCUGAAAGAAUGAAGCCUUAAAAAUAAAACCAACCCAUGAUACUCCUGAACAUUAUUGAUAUUUAUAUUUUUUAAAAACAAGGCAGAAAGUGUAAGUUGUACAUAUGCUAGUCAGUUACUUGAGUCUUGGUUCUGUACGUAGAAAAUGCAUUUAAUUUUGUAUUUUGUGAAAACUUAACAAAAAGAGGAAUCUCCAAAGAUAGUCGCACCCUAGAAUGGAGCAGCUUUUCGGGGGCUUUUUACAUAAUAAAGGGCUACCAGAAAAAGCUUCAACCUGUUUCAACAUUUGCUGAAUGUACCAGUAAGUGUCCUUGUGAAGGAGACUUUGCCCAGCAAAGUAUAAUCUAUCCUCUUCUGGAUCCCAUGGCUUGAUACAUCCAGAGUUUAAACAAGCACUUGUGUGAACCAAGCAACUCAGGAGUCAAAGUUAGAGUGAAGCAAAAAGAUUCCCUUCUGGUUCUGGAUUCACAGAUGAUUUAAGACAAUACAAAGGCAAAGUCUGUGCUAAAAGCAACCUGAAGGUUGUUAGUUUGAUUUGGAGAGGGUCUUUAAAGGGCAUUACAUAUAGGGUGCUUUUUCUAAAGGGGAUGAUGUACAUACCAGCAUAUUUUUUUAAAACAGUAAUACCUCGUUUAUCUGAACCCAUCUUAUCGGAAAUCCUCUAAUGGCUAACAGUGGGUUACAUGCCCCAGCGUGAAUAGCUUGCAUUUAAGUCUUCUGCCAAAAGCUCAUUUGUCUUAGUUAGAUAAAUGGGGUUUCUGCUGUAGGGUUAGUGAGUCAUUUCUCAGUCAGUCUAACCUGGGACAACCAAAUUUGCCCAACUGAACAUCACUUGGGCAACUUACCCAGAGCUCCAGGGCUGCAGGUAAGCAGAUUGGAAAUGGUCUCUUUUUUAAGGCAGUGGGUGUUAUCUCACUUAUGGAGGAUUGAAUUCUGGGACCUCUAGUUCUCCAAGGCAUUGCACAUGUAUCCCCAACUGUUUCCACCACCACCACCCUCCCUGUUAAAGAUUGAGGGCGUCCACGGACUGCAUUGUAGAAAUCUAUGGGCUACAUUUGACUCACAAGACACAUUUUGGUCACUCUGGUCUAACCUCAUAGAGAUUUUAUGUUGCUGCUGCUGCUGCUGUUGCUGUUUAAGCUGCUCCCGUCUUGAGUGUGUGAUUGUUCAUCCCAUCAUACUGCAAGAGGGCCUCAGAUACCAGUGCCCCAAAGGCUCUGACAUGCAUGUUUUGUAAGACCUUCAUGCAAUUAAUUUAUGUGUUUCAACAGUAAACGGUGAAAACGA